CACAAUGGGGAGAUUUCCCCGCAGUAGUUUGUGUCUCUGCCCCUCCCACAAUGGGGAGAUUUCCCGCAGUAGUUUGUGUCUCUGCCCCUCCCACAAUGGGGAGAUUUCCCGCAGUAGUUUGUGUCUCUGCCCCUCCCACAAUGGGGAGAUUUCCCUGCAGUAGUUUGUGUCUCUGCCCCUCCCACAAUGGGGAGAUUUCCCGCAGUAGUUUGUGUCUCUGCCCCUCCCACAAUGGGGAGAUUUCCCCCCAGUAGUUUGUGUCUCUGCCCCUCCCACAAUGGGGAGAUUUCCCCCCAGUAGUUUGUGUCUCUGCCCCUCCCACAAUGGGGAGAUUUCCCCGCAGUAGUUUGUGUCUCUGCCCCUCCCACAAUGGGGAGAUUUCCCCGCAGUAGUUUUUUGUGUCUCUGCCCCUCCCACAAUGGGGAGAUUCCCUGCAGUAGUUUGUGUCUCUGCCCCUCCCACAAUGGGGAGAUUCCCUGCAGUAGUUUGUGUCUCUGCCCCUCCCACAAUGGGGAGAUUCCCCCCGCAGUAGUUUGUGUCUGUGCCCCUCCCACAAUGGGGAGAUUCCCCCGCAGUAGUUUGUGUCUCUGCCCCUCCCACAAUGGGGAGAUUCCC